AUGGAAGACAAGCGUAAGAAGCGUAGCCCCAAGGUGUCCCUGCCUCAGCCCCCGCCUCCACCCAUCAACCCCCGCAAGCUCUCCGUCCUGCCGGCCAGCAAAAGUGCCACCUUCUCCAUCGGCCUGCCGCAUCCCCCCUCCCCGAAGAACAGAAGCAAAUAUAAAAGAUCCAUAGGAGCUGCAGGGCAGCCUAAAGAGGUCCUUACAGCUGUUGUGCCUCCACCAAAGACUACCAGACCACACAGGGAGAAACCCAGAGCUCCACAGCCAGCAGGACCCAGUAAAAUAGUCCAGUCCUCCCCCUUGCAGCACUCCUUCCUUACUGAUGUCUCAGAUGUAAGAGAGAUGGAAGGAGGCCUCCUCAACCUCCUCAAUGACUUCCACUCAGGCAAAUUACAGGCUUUUGGUAAGGUCUGCUCCUUCGAGGAGCUGGAACACGUGCGCGAGAUGCAAGAGAAGCUGGCGCGGCUGCACUUCAGCCUCGACAGCCAUGUGGAAGAGCUCUCAGAGGAUCAGAGGAAGUGCGCCUCUGACCACAACCUAGAACACCUGCUGUGCAAUGAAUCAUCCAGGCAGCGCUUGAAUGUCAGUGAUGUGCUUUACUUCCUGUGUGUGAAUCCUUAACACGUCCCCCGUUCAGACAAAAGCUCCAUUUGGCCGAGAAUCAGGACCUGCCCAAGACUUCUGGUCCAUGACGGAUGGGUGGAGGUGCUCGGAAAAGCUCCCAUCUUCUCCUGAAUGUCUAGCCAAGCCCAGGUUGCCACGGCAUUAACCCCCAGUCCCCACUGCCUUAGAAACUGAGUGGGAAGGUCCACAAGAGGGGGGGGGGGGGGGCUGUUUUUUCCCCUCCCAUCGGGUGAAGCAGAGGACAUUCCAGUGACUGAAUUCAGCAGACCAUUAAACGACUGCUCAACCAAAAAUCAUAAAGGGCCUCAUUCAUAGCACAAAAAUCAUGAGCUGGUGAGGAAGUGAGAGAUGUUAUUUUUAAGAGUUGUGAUCUCGGUGUUAACUUCUAUAUGGUUAGUUAUGAAAUCAUUUAUCAGUUGGAAUCACGUUUGAGUUUAUACCUAAUUAUCGUUCCUCGUCUUCACUUUAGAUAGAAAAACAUCCAGAUGUUAGCUGCAGAUGUUUUAAGGGAAAUUUAUUUACAUUUUUUGUUGACUUGUAUUUUUAAAAAAAUCAUUAGUUUGGCAUUUCUGUGUGAGGCUAGCUCUGCAGAACGUUUAAUUUAGUGACGACGUUCGUUGGGAAGCUUCUGUAUUUGACAUUCCUGUUAUUUGUGCAGCAUUCCUUCACGUUGGAGGUAAAAAAAAGGAGUUUUAUGCAGAAAAAUGUGUCUUUUACCCCACUGUGCAAAUCCUAGAGCAACUGGCCUAAAUAUAAACAGUGCUAUUUGAAAAUGGCAGCUAGUUUCAUUACUGAGUAGUUUUUAUUUCUAUUACGGGCCGGUUUAUCUCGUGUAACAAGCAUUAGUGUGUUCGGUUGUUAUGGCUUGCUAUUGCUUACCUCUGGAAUAGCCUCAUAAUUAUAUUUACACAUGGGGGGGGGGCACACAUGAAUAAAAUCUAUUUACCUAAAUUCAAAGACCGAUUCUGUGUUUCUUCCACUAAUGUCCCUUAAAUGACGCGCAGCACGUUCAUAUUUAGAUAAAUAAAACCAUUUAUUCAUAUAUCUCUUUCUUCUCCAUAAACCAGUUAAAUACAACAGUUGAGUUAAAAGGCUAUUAGAAGACUGGCACGAUACCGAGACCGAAACAGAGCAGACUCGCCGUUUCUCAGGCAACCAUCGAGGAGCAGCGGUCCAACCCUGAUCUAAACUUCCUGGGUCACAGGCGUCCUCAACAAAAACACACGACUUUAAUUCUGCCAGUGGAAUUUGGUCAUGCAAACAAUAAACGGUACCAACACGUCAUUAAUCUGACAUUCAGACCAUUACACAACAUAAAUUAUAGAUGUAACAUCAUACGUACACAAUGGGCUAAUACUGUGCAAAUACACAACUGAACUGUACAAAAGUAUUCUGUGGUACUCUUCAUCUCGUUCCACUAAUCGUCUACAGCACGUUUCAAAAAUAUUACGUCACGUUUGAUAAAACAGCAAAAAUAUACACCUGUAGAAUCCCGUCUUCCUCUUUGUGCGUUUUAGUUUACAUUCCGCCGUUGGGUCUGAUUUGUCGACAGUACAUUACGGAGAGAAGCUGUGACAAUAAGCUACGUUUCAAAGUGCAAAGAGCAGGCUGAGGAUGAGUACCUGAUGUCGGUAUGUCACGAUGCUUCCGCACCAGAGGAGGUGUCGCCGAUAGAGUGGGAGGAGCUAAAACUUUUAAGGACUUUUCUUGUUACCGAUAUAAAAAGUGCAGGCACUGUAAGAAAUGUCGAACAUCUCUUCUUCAAGUAAGGCCAGUGUUGAUGUUUUAUUUGGACGUUUUGGAUUCUAAAUUUAUCUUAGGGUAUGGUUCUCAGGACCUCGUUUAAACUUUUAAGGACACUGGCAGACUGGGAGGCGGCACAUUCACUCAGGCUAGGCCCCAUCUGGGCAUGGAGGGCUUGGCACAGGCUGGCCGUGGCACCCCUCACGCUGCCGGCCCUGCUGUGAACCGUGCCGCUGUGGGUGGACGUGCCCAGGAGGUGCCACAGUAAGGGCAACACUUUCUGCUCAACCAUCUGAGGUUUGCGAGGGUAGAGCUCCGUAGCAAGAACUGCAUUAAAAACAGACAAAACCAGACAACGUAAGAGGCAGAAGUGACAAAAACCAGGUGAUUACAGCGAUCAGACGGACCUGCAACCUUCUCGAUGAGGUCCACCUUCGCUUUACCGCUCAAAAACUGCGCUUUGGUGCAGAAAGGCUGAAGAAGUAGAUUGUUGUCUGAUCAGAGGAGAGAAAAACAGUCAGAAACCGUUCAGCGAAUCCAAACAAAAGUGUCAGAUUUUUGAAACGCGUACCGAGAUUUGAAAUAAGCGCAUCGAUGGCUCCAGUAGCAGCAGAAUAGAUGGCAUUGUUCUUGGAGUUGAGGUGAUUGUCCACGAUUGCUGGGACCAGGAUGUUGACCACGUGGGACAGGUUGUCCUUCAACAGAGAGAUGAUUUUCUGCAGAGCCUCCAGGGCGUAAAGGUUAACUUUGCUGUUGGACUCCUGCAGUCUGGACUUUAAGGCAUCAAACACCUGA